AUGCAAUUAAGCCUAGGCCAACAGACCCGAUCAAAAUGCUCCACAUGCGGUAUGGAAUACGUUCCAUCCUCAAUCGAGGACCGGAAACUACAUCAGAAAUACCACAGGCAGAACAGCGAAGGGUACGACGUAGGCGACGUAUUUGUCGACCAGACACUUAAGCCGCGGCGCAUGAGGGGUCUGAAGAGCGGUGACUAUGUCAUCAUGGUUGAUGCAUUUGAUCUGCAUCAUCGGAAGCGUCGUGCACACGCGGCAUUGGAGAUCGUCCAGCGGGAGCUCGGCGCGGUUGAGAUACCCCAUAACGACAUUUGGAAAUCCCAGCCGGAUGAUCUAUCACAUCGCGAGUCGAAGUAUAGAUCAUAUAUGUAUAUCCGUGGCACAAAAUGCAUUGGAUAUCUUCUUGUGGAACAACUCGAUAAGGCAUAUGCAGUUCUCAACUCUGCGGCUUCCACGGAUACCACCACGGCUGCGGCGGGUGACAAGGAGGAGAAGAGUGCAAAGAAAAUCUCGGCUCUCGCGGCUCUCCGUGCGCGAAAAGAGCAGCUCGCACAGGAGCUGGCUGACUGUGCGUCACAGCCACUCAAGUGCGCUGAUGUUGACAGCCCUGCCGUCAUGGGCGUAUCACGCAUCUGGACCUCUCCUGUACAUCGGAAACAGAACAUCGCCACCGCGCUCCUCGAUGCAGCGGUCAAGUUCCACAAUGAAUUUGCAGAGACGUCCAGAAAUCUUCCGCCACCAACCAGUGACCUCUCGCCUGAGUUGAAGGAUACCGUGGUCCCUCCUUAUAAGCGGCCGAACAUUGUACGACGAGAUCAGGUUGCAUUUAGCCAGCCGACUGAGUCCGGCGCUAGAUUGGCUAGGAAAUGGAUUGGGAAAGCGUAUGGCUGGUUGGUGUAUUUAUGA